CUGUUACCGCCUGUGACAUGGCCCAUAAACGGCAGUCACAACUGGUGGACUCCGUACCUCUCCGUACACCUCUAAUGUUGAGAGACUUGUCAGUACGCAGAUGUUGUUGCGAGCACCAGUGAGCUACAGGUCAUUAACAGAGCGUGGCUGUUAGGCUACCAAUCACGCACCUCAGGCAGCACUUCUCGGUGCCUAUAGAGACCCGGUUUCUAUGUUAUGGGAAACUAGCCUGUGAGACCCACCCUCCCGCCAUCUAAUAAGAGUACAUGCUCUCGCAUUCCCUCGCGGGCCUCCAGCACCUCCUUACGAGCCUCCAGGGCCCCUCCCAUGUGGGCCUUCAGGAUACCUCCAAUGCUCCAAUGCUUCCAGACGCUACUUCCUCCACUAACACGAGUACCAUUCAACAUAUUCGUCAGCUCGGUAGUUUUGCAGUUCUUAGUACACUAAUUGAUAUCCUGCGCAUCAUCUCGCACCCCUCUCGUACAUCCAUUGCAUCCUCUGAUGCAUCCUCUCUCGCACCCUGUCGCACCUCUGUCGCACCUCUGUUGCACCCUAUCGCACCUCUGUCGCACCCUGUCGCACCUCCAUCUCAUCCUCUCGCACCUCCGUCCCAUCCUCUUGCAAUCCUCUUGCACCUCCACAGGCUCCACCCCAUCCUCUUGCGACCCUCUCGCAGCUCUGUUCUAUCCUGUCGCACCUCCGUCCCAUACUUUCGCACCCAAGAGAAUGCAGACUGGCGACGACGCUCUUGA